CCGGCUGCUCCUCCUCUCAUCGUCAGUGUGCUAUCAUCACUCCCACAGUCACCAUGAAGGUCGCCCUCGCCGUACUAUGCCUCGCCGCCGCCGCCUCCGCCAGGAUGGCCUACCAGCUCCCCGACGGCUUCCUCGACAUCCUGGGCGGCGACCCCCAGCAGGCCUUCUCCUGCGACAACCGCCCCUACGGCUACUACGCUGACGUCGCCAACGGCUGCAGGCUCUUCCACGUGUGCGAGCCCAUCGCCGACGAGCUGGGCGAAGUCGUCGAGACUGCCCACUACUCGUUCGUGUGCGGCAACCAGACCGUGUUCAGCCAGGAGUCCCUCACCUGCGCCCACCCCGAGGAGGCCUUCCCCUGCGACCAGGCCGAGACCCUCUUCGACCUCUCCAACGCCGACUUCGGAAAGGUCCCCGUCGACAUCUAGACGCCCCGCCCCUCGACGUGUCCGAUUACGUGCCAUCUCUCCUCAUUACCCCAUCGCCGCCCAUGUCCUCUGCGAGCGGAGCCUCUCCUCGCCCUUCCUAGAUCUCUGCCUUCCCUCGCAUUUCCUGCCCCUUCUCCUUUUUCUCCCUUUUUUCUUGCUAUUUACUUUCUCUCACACUUCGUUCCCUAGAUAUUCCUCUGUUUUAUCUUUUAUCUUUGCUCGCACGUCCUUCCCUUUCUUCUUAGUAUGUCCUCUUCCUUUUUAUCAGUAUUGUUUCAAACUUAAUCGCCAUCGCAUCUUGGGUCCCGUUUCGAGGUCCAUUCACCUGUGAUAUUGUGUUUUAUAUGUGAAUAAAAGCAUACAUUCGA